AUGGCAAAUACGACGUCCUCUUAUUUCCCAUCGUCAAGGGACCUGCUUAUGGCGGUCCCACGGCUCGCUCAGCGGCUGGGAUCAUUCGCCUUCCACCUCCCAGACCAAUUCGAUAACCUGCUAGGCAAAGUACAAGACGGCGGCAGCGUGAUAGCGGAGCCAACCACAACGAGCAGCGUCAACGCGACAGUCAUCACCAGCGCUGCCGGGUUUGCACAAGACUCUGCGGCAGCAUCUUUUGCUGCGGGCGCAGCAGGCACUGCGGCGCCAGCGGUGCAAGGAUGGUUCGGCUGGAUGAACUUUGAGAACCUGAGGAAUCUUGGAGGCAUAUUUAUGUACCUCACAUCAAGGUGGGCGAUGGCUACGUUUGCUGCGGCGAUUAUACUCGACCGCACCCGGUUUUACGCGUCCUCCCGCACACCGCUGAACUUCAGGUGGCCCGUCCGUCUGGCGGCAUACAUCGUACCGAUUGUCAUGUUCUGCUUUCAGAUUGUGCAGAUACUGGAGGCCAUGCGCUGUCAGACAUCCCCUGCCUGGCCCCUUAUGCGGUACGGCGACCCGGACAAGCAACUCUCUAUCGAUCACGCCGGCGAGGGAGGCUUUCUGUACUCUCUCAGCUCCACGCUGCUCUUCUGGCAGGAUGACGCAGCCUCUUGCUCAGCUGUCAAUAUGAUGGGUUCCGAAGGAAACUCAGUUCUACAGGGAUCACUAGCCCGGCUCUGGCCGCUGUUCGGUGCAAUCUGCCUGAGUCAUUUUGUGGAUACGCUCUCAUGCGCUCUGCAGGGUCUCAAACCAUUGCCAGAGACCGGUAUGACCGUCUUCGAGCACUCCCUUGCUUUUGCAGAAGCGGAGACUAUGAUCACCAGGCCCUUCGAUCUGGGUUUACUGAAGGCCAAGACGACCAGCGGCAGCGACGGAGAGAGCAUGAAGAUAACCCGUUCAAUGGUCCUAGGAGUCAUGAACGUCCCUGCGGAGGUGCUUCUCAUCUCACUGAUAUCAUGCUUCAGCCACUUGAGCAGUAACGUACUGGCGGCCAUCGGCCUUCGAACAAGAUUCCGCUUCGUUAACACCGCAAUUUGGGGUAUAGCCUAUAUGGUGGCCCUUGUGUGGAGCUUAUCGAGAUUCAUGACAUCCGAUAAGAUUAACGAUAUCGGUAUCCUGCGAUUCCCUACUGUUUGCAUCGUCGGGUUCAUUCCUCAUCUACUCAUCUUUCUGGGGAUGUUGGCUUGCGCCGCGGUUUACGGCAUUGCUAUCCUGCUAACUGCUGCGGCGCUGCCUCCUGGCUCGCAUCCUCGGUCGCUUAGAGAGAGGUUGACCGCUGCUUACGACAAUCUGCAAGCCAAUAUGCUUCUCUCGACAUCCCCUCAUAUCGAGUUUAGUUGGCAGAAUGACUUCUAUUCUACUCUACUAAAGACCGGCUUUGUGAUCUUGACAGCCGCGAGCGAGGCGGUAUACUUGCAGGAGAGUGCUGCUGUCCGUGUUUCUCAGACUACGUGGCUAGAAGAGAAGAGGGUUGAAGAGAUUGCCCAACGUCGCCGUCGGCUCAAGCGCUCGUUAGAUGUAGUCCCUGUGGAGCUUCGUGAACUCACUAUAGCAGAAGCUGCAACAUCGUCACAUGAGCGUAAUGCUCCCGGAGGCUCUGCUGUGUCCGGGUAUGCCAGAGAGCGCAAGACACGAGGUAACAACAAGGCGUCAGAAGCUUCGCUAGACGCAAGGACGAACGUUGGUGUAGGAUUGCAGCAGAGGCGCGGGCGCUGGUCCAUCACCUUCGAGUUUCUCAAAGGAGUCUGCUGGUUGGUGGCUGGGCUCUACUCUCGACUGAUCAUCUGGUCUCUGGAGCAGUUUGGUAUCGCCUACCGACCAAGGUGGCUCAUGAAGCUUGCUGGACGAGAGCACGAUUCGAAGAAAGAGCCUCUACCGACACGGAGUGAUCAACCUCCUGGCACACUAGACUUCUGGCUGCUGUCCGAGGACGGCCAACUUUCACUCCCAUCCAACCUAAACGUUGACGUCGAAACCGAAACCAGGAAUCGUCUUAACUUUAGCGGUACGCUGAUGGGCGCUGGCAAUCAGAGCGAGAUCCUCGACAACCAGCUUUAUGGGUGGUGGAAAACCGGCGGCUGGUGGGGCGAGCUGGACACCAGCGGCUCUUACCAUCCACCGCCGCAAGACGAUGAUACAACAAGCGUCGUCUCAAUGUCUACAAACGCCGAAACAGACGAUGGGUGGUCUGACGUUGCUUCCGACAGCGGUCGACGAACACCGACGCAGCAAAACCCAUACCCCUCAAGCCGCGAAUCCACACCCGCGGUCGAGAGCGUGUUAGAUCAUGCCCGCUUGGCUGCUCUCCUGGACCCCCAAACGACCGAGGAUCAGCAGGAAGCCCGCAUGUUGGCGCGCCAUCUCCAGAGUCAAGGGAUCAUGACGCGGUCCGGAUACCAGCAGGCCUUAGCAAGAGAGCGAAGUCAAGUGCUGACGAGCUCCCGUUACAGUCGCGCUGGCCUUCCCGCGCCUGACGCUCUUUUGACUCCGGAACAAGAGGAACGCAUGCUUGAGCAAUUCAUUAUCGCGAAGCGCAAGGGGCACGCCCUCUCGAAUGCUCCCCAACCAGACAACGCCGCAGCAUGGGAAUCCGGCGCGGAUGGAAUGGGCUCAGGCGGGCCCCAAUGCGUGCGACUCUUCGCACAUUCUCGACUGAUCCAGGCGCACUGGCUCAGUCAUCAACUGUCUUACGCUUCUCCCUCCAAUUUUAUGCAAUCAGAGCCUCACGAUAACCCACAAACCGCCUCAACCCAAGAAACCCACAUAGACAGCCCUUCGCCUCCUUCCCAGCAUGGACUACAACAUGACUAUACCUCUCCCCCCGCUCUCCCUUCCGAUGGAGGGCAGGGAGAGGCUGAAUCGUCUUCGGGCAACACAAAUGCGGUGCCAGACGCGUCUCAACAACGACGCGUCGAGGAUUCCGGAGAAACCGCACGAUUGAAUACUGUGACUACGCCUACGGGCAAGAGGAUUGAAGAGUAUGAGCAAAGUGUGAGCUCGUCGCCUAGACGAAAGCCUGAUGGACCUCUUUUCGAAGUUAUCAAGAAUACGAAAAAGCCUGGUGAUAAGAAGAGUCCUAUCGCGAGUUUGCCGAAUGAAAUCCUUACGCACGCCUUGUCUCAUCUUGCACCAGCCGACCUCUCCGCAGUCUCUAUGGUCUCUCAUCGAUUCCAUAACCUUGUCACCACACCCCACGCUUGGAGGAGUGCGUUUGCUCGUUACUUUCCGGGCCCCGACUCUCUCAGCACACCAGCGGGUUACGUGCCAGAGGAUGGCAGUGACGAUCUACGUUCGGGCCGACGCUCGUUCACCAGGCUCACCGCGCUUGCUUCUUGGAGGAGCGAAUACAUUCUUCGAACUCGUCUGCUACGUUCGUUGGCACGCGGCAAGCCUAUGCAGGUUCUAGCCACUCCAGCUUCCGCGCGUUUGGGUAUCAAUCAUGUGGCAAAUACGAUUACUAUGUACAACUCGCAGCUGGUGACUACCGUCAAUCACCUCCAUGCAACGUUUGGAACGGGUUUGAAUAAGCGGCUCCCGCGCUUCAUACAUGGCGCUGAUGAUGUCGGCAUGGCAUCUUCCAGUGAUCCGAAUUCUGGUAAGACUGACAGCUGGGGCUCAUCUGACCCGCAGUCCUUCCUACAGUUCUUCGAACGCUUCCCAGGCGAGGCUCAGUACGGCCUUGGCGCUGGCGACGUGGUUGGAGUCCCUAACACCAUGGACGUCAGUCAGCCGUACGGCAUGGUUUACGGCGAAGGUUUCCCUGGUGGCUCGGUCUACUUCCGUCAUGUGGAGGAAAUGCGCGGCCGGUUCGUUACUGAGCCAAUAGAGCUCACUAUGCUGCCGGAUCUUGGGAUACCUCAGAUUCCGACCGCACUCGAGUCGAUCUGCUCAGUUUGGAUCGCCAAAUCAUCGUCCGUACCUUCACUCACGGAAGGGCUUGUCGGGAUCAUGUCAGGGUCUGCUACUGGCGUCGUCACAGCUUACAGUCUCGGCUUCGAUCAAGGCUUCCGCGAUCAUCGCCUCGGCCGGGGAGAGGUGACGGCUCGAUGGGUUCUGAGUCCGGGUGUACCUAUCAUCGCUCUCGCAGUGGAUGAUUCGUACUCGCUGAAGCGUCAUGCUCAGAACCGGAUCUGGGCAGUAGCGUUAAAUGCUCUCGGCGAAGUGUUUUACCUCACCAAGUUCCCGAACCGCGCGAACAAGACAAGGACCAAAAGAGCUCAGGCCGUAGACUGUGAGCUUCUAGCAUGGGCCACCGGACGCACGGUUUACUGGAACCUAGUGGAAUCUAGCAGGCGUACGGCGCGGGUUGAUCCCUACAGCCUCUCGGAUACGGAUGGCAGCUACUCGCCUCGAUCGUCUUGGGACGGCAUGUGCCUUGCUAAAUCCCAGAUCCAGGCUGAGACUCGGGAAAUUGAAAGUUUUCUCCACAAAAGACCCAAAGACUUUCAGAAGGCUUGCCACGGUUGGGACAUGCGCCGCCGCCUUGAAGUUGAUUUCAGCAACGAUGACGGCAACUUUGCUGGUGAAGCUGUCAUUGUCUUCAGGUGUGGGCUCGAGGAAGACAGUGAGGCUUCAGUGAUGAGGUACACCAGGUGCAAGUUUGAGGAAAAGAACCAAGAUUCUUAUCUCAAAGCCGACGCCGGAGACGCAACGCCUGCUUCCGAACCUCCAUCGCUCUUUGGCGGGACGACCCCUUCGACUGGUUUACAGUCUCCGGCCUCUGGCAUGGUAGGGCGUCUUAACCGCCGCUCGUCCGCGCUUUCUUCUGGCUCGUCACCAGAGCGGAGCAACCUGAUUGAAGAAUGGCGUUCCUCCGAGCUCACAUUUGGAGGUUUGAAAUCGCUGCAAGUCACCACCACGGCGCUCGAUUGCUCGACAUACGCCACGCUCACUCAAUCUGAAGAUCCUGCCCUAGGCUUUUCGGGCAUGUCCAAUGCUUCCUCGCCUUUUGCGUCGCCGACGUCUACGAAUAGCCAGCCAGCAUCGCCUGCGGACGUGCCGGGCCAAAGAGCUCGCUUUAUCGCGGCCGGCACGAGCACUGGCAGUGUACUCCUUUGGAACAUCCGUGCGCCUGUGUCUAAGUCCACGGAGCUCGUCAACGUUAUCGAUCCCGUCCGCAUCAUCUACACGGACUCUCCACAGAUAUCCUGUCUCGCGCUCACAGCCCUACACCUUGUCCACGGUGGCAACGAUGGCCUCGUACAAGCAUGGGAUCCACUCGCCUCAACCACCCAACCAAUACGCACGCUGAACUCCCGCUUCUCCUCGCGUGCUCGCCGCCGUCUCGUCCAAGCGCAAGCCUCCCCCCAAGGCGUCGGCAUCAACCUCUUCGCCGCCGGCGCCGUCUGCCUCGAUCCGGACCCAACCGUCCUCCGCGGCAUGGUGUCCCUCGGCACGCACCUUCGGUACUGGAGCUACAGCUCCUCGGCCGCCGACCAGUACAAGUCGCACAAGCGCCGGCUCCGCCGCUCCGAGCGCGGCAGCAAUAACGGCGGCGAGCGUUUCGCGGGAACCAGGUCGGGGAACCUGAAGGACUAUAUCGCCAACGAGAAGUACGAGCUUGAGAAGGAUAAGGAGCGCAGAAAGAAGGAGGCGGAUCGGCUGGCUGGGAGAUUUGGGGUUGAUAUGUUGAAUGAGGAGGAGGCGAUUGCGUAUGCGGCUAUGUUGAGUGAGGAGAGUCUGGCAAUGGAUCUGAGGAGGAGGGAGAGCGAUGCGACGUCUGCUGUCUCGGACCGCACGUGGAAUGGGGGGACACCUACGCCUACACCCCUCGAUCCUUCGUUGACGGGGACGCCACAGCAUCCUCGGGUCAAGGACCAGGAGGAACUUGACGCCGAGAUUGCGGAGGCUAUUCGGCUGAGUCUGCAGGGCGAGCCGGCUUCGUCGUCGUCGCCGCCUUACGGAGCCGUGAGCCCGACGCCCUCGGGUAGCGGCUUCGAUAUCCCGAUUAGGUACGCGAAGAACAGUCGGGCUUCACCUGGAGGUCGAGGACGAAGCUCUCCAGUUGCGAAGAGUCCACCGCAGCCGAAGACUCCGAGCCCGAAGCAGUGGGCUGGGGGAAGUGGGCGGCAGAAGGAGCUCGAUGACUUGGAGUUUGCGCUGCAGUUGAGUCUGGCGGAGGAACAGAGCCGGAAGGAGGUCGAGCGGGUUGCAGUGGAGGAAGGGGAGGAGUUUCCGGCGCUGAGUUCUGCGACUGGUGGAAAGGGGAAGGGAAGGGCGUGA